AUGGUUCUUAAUCUUCCUCUAUACUUCUAUACGCCUAAGAGUGCUGACGCAAAACCAGACUGGUUCUAUCUUUUUUGUCUCCUGGCGACUUUUUAUUGCAAGCAUUUGAACUCUGUGACUUGUGUUCCAGGCGAGGUGGUAGGCAAGCUGAGUUUGCGUGUCAAUUAUAAAGACAUACAAACGUUGUCACAACCUGUUGCCAGGGUCGAGGCUCCACUGACAGAGAAGCCGACGCCGGCGCCUCGCAGCGGCCCGCACGGGGUGCAGGUGGUGAACACCGGCGUCGACCACACGUUCACCCUCGACGAGGACGUGCUCAAGGAACUUCUGCUGCAGGAUGACAUCAAGGACAGACCUGUCGUCGUCCUCUCAGUCGCCGGCGCCUUCCGCAAGGGCAAGUCCUUCUUGCUCGACUUCUUCUUGCGUUAUUUGAAUCAUAAGUAUGGGUCUGACGGCGGCAAUGACUGGCUGGGCGGCGACGAGGAGCCGCUGCGGGGCUUCAACUGGCGCGGCGGCUCCGAGCGGGACACCACCGGCAUACUCAUGUGGUCAGAGAUCUUCAAGGCCACGCUCGAUAACGGGGAGAAGGUAGCGAUAAUCCUCCUGGACACUCAGGGUGCCUUCGACAGUGAGUCCACGGUGCGAGACUGUGCCACCAUAUUCGCGCUGUCCACCAUGGUGUCCUCCGUCCUCAUAUACAACCUCUCACAGAACAUACAGGAGGACGACCUCCAGCAUUUACAGUUAUUCACGGAGUACGGGCGUCUGGCGCUAGAAGACAGCGGGCGCACGCCCUUCCAGAGACUGCAGUUCCUCGUCAGGGACUGGAGCUUCCCCUACGAGGCGCCCUACGGGGCCGAGGGGGGACAAACUAUACUGCAGAGACGACUCAAGGUGUCCUCCAACCAGCACCCGGAGCUCCAAUCCCUGCGCAAGCACAUAACGUCAUGUUUCUCCGAGAUAGCUUGCUUCCUCAUGCCGCACCCCGGCAUCCGCGUCGCCACCAGCCAGGACUUCGAUGGCAGAGUCAAAGACAUCGAGAUGGAGUUCAAAUGCUCCCUGCAGCAGUUGGUGCCGAUGUUGCUGGCGCCGGAGAACUUGGUGCCGAAGCUCAUCAACGGACAGAAGGUGCGCGCCAAGGACCUGCUCCAGUACUUCAAGUCAUACAUGAACAUCUACAAGGGAAACGAACUGCCAGAGCCUAAGAGCAUGCUUGUGGCCACAGCCGAAGCCAACAAUCUAACAGCGGUAGCGGAAGCGAAAGAGCUGUACACGAAGCUGAUGGAGGAGGUGUGUGGCGGGGCCAAGCCCUACCUGCAGACACAACUACUGGAGGCCGAGCACUCGCGCAUCAAGGACAAGGCGCUCCACUCCUUCCACUCCAAGCGCAAGAUGGGCGGCGACGAGUUCAGUCAGAGCUACUUCAACCAGUUAAUACAGGACUUAGACGAGCAAUUCAACCAGUUCCGAGCGCAGAACGAGUCUAAGAACAUAUUCAAGGCGGCGCGCACGCCGUCCGUGUUCUGUGCGCUGGCGCUGGUGUUCUACGUGCUCAGCGGAGUGUUCGGGCUCGUCGGCCUCUACCCACUCGCCAACCUCGCCAACCUCACCAUGGGCAUCGCCCUGCUCACACUCGUGCUCUGGGCAUACAUCCGGUAUAGCGGAGAGAUGCGCGAGAUCGGUGUCACAAUCGAUGACAUCGCCAACGUGCUGUGGGAAAAUCUAAUGAAGCCGACGUACCAGGCGUGCAUCGAGAAGGGCAUGGAGCACGCGGCGGCGGCGGCGGCGGAGCGCGCGCUGGGCGGCGGGGGCGGGUCUCCCCCGGCACAGAACGGCAAGCACAAGGUGUUGUGAUGGCGGCGCGGGCCCCCGCACUGUCGCCCGCCCGGCCACUGCUAGAUAAAUUUUAAGUAGCCUUUAUUUAGAGUACGGACCACUAGGUCACAUUGAGUCCGACUGGUGACACGUUGACGCUACACGGACAUUGGAAAACUAAAUUCCUCAUUUAUUUGUGUUGAUCACACUAGAAUUCUGCUAAAGAUUUAAGAUAACUACUAAAGUAAAGUUACUGCAAAUCAUUGCGUAUAAAACAGCUAACAGAUGUUUCCAAAAUCCAGUCAGUAGUGGCGAGCAGAUGUUGUACAUACAAUUUCUAUCCCAGUCGGACUCUAGUCACUAUGAUCGAAGAAUGUUCGAGUAACAAAGGUUUAGCCAGUAGGCCAUUAUCGUGACCUGGUAUUGUGAAUAUGGUUUAAGGGAACUUAGUUAAGAGCUGGACUAACUUGACUAGUUGUGGUGCGUUGACUAAAUUAGUCGACGCGUCUGCUAAUGGGAGACGGAUGAAAUAUGAUAAUUUUAGCCAUCAGAUAAAUUAUUUUUGUAUUUAUCAUACUUCUCUUCGUUUUACUUCGUUGCUGAUGGAUUUGAAACCUCGUUGCGCGUAUCAUUACUUUUAGUUUGGAUAAUGAGCAUUAAUUAGCAACUGUCAAUGCCCAAUAAAAUCCUGACUUAUAACAAAUAGUUGCGCAAACUGCGCAAAAUGAAAGUACUUGCGCAAACUAAAACUUUCCACUAGAGUCGACGGUUUAUCGUAAUUAUCUUAUUUCAUCCCGACCUGUCUCGAUGAUUUAUAAAUAAAUUGUCGAAGUGACGAUUCAUUUGUUGUCAUGAUUUUAAACAACGAAAUGUUGAACUUUAGUAAAUCUGCUGUAAGUAUAUUUUGUCCUAGUAUUUAUAUCUGUGCUCAAUUUGUCUUAAUGCCGCGUUUAUUUGUUCCCGCGUCGUUAUUUAAAAUCAUGAAAGUCGUUGCGAGUUUAAAGUUUUAUUGUUGACGAACAUCGUUGUCUGUAAAGUUUGACACAUUUGUUUAAGGUCAUUGUACGUUACGCGAGACGUUUGUUUUAAUAAUUUCCUAAGUAAUGGCAAUAAUGCUCCCGGAUCCAGAGGUAACCUUCACCGAAAUUAUAACAGAAAUGUCACUGUAAUGUAUGGAUAGAGAAACCUACGAUUGCCACAUUAAACAUUUGUGAUAAGUCUACGAAUAUUUGAGAAAUAAGCAAAAUAUGAUAAAUUUUGCAUUUAUUCUAUACGACAAGGUCCAAGUGCCGGCGGCGGCGGCGGCGCGCGCCCGGCACUUCUUAUGGUUUAUACUAUUUACAAAGGAGGUAUAGGUUAAAUAACACAAUAAGGUAAAAUAACAAAUUUAAUAGUAAAGUAACAGAGUUAAUAAUCUUGUGUAAUUAUAGAUGUAAAGGAUGCACAAACAGGUUUUAUUUUGUCACGUUUAGUCUCGAAACAUAUUCCUACACUCGUUGCCUUGCACUGUAUAAAGAAUCAUGUACUUAAUCCUGAAUGUAACAUUUAUUUUGUUAUACACCCGGUGUCCGAAAUUAAUGUAUAGUAGUCAAUCAUGUUCGAUAUAUAAUCUAUAUUUUAUUUUUGCAUUUUAUUUUUCUUUUAAAUAAGUCUUUGUGUGUUCAAAAUUUUAGUCGAUUAUGCUCAAAAUUAGGGAUCCUUCUUGGUUUAUCGUAGAUGGGAGAGGCGCACUGUUGAAAUAGCAUUCACGAAUACAAAUGUAAGUUCGUGUGCACUUUGACCUGUGAUUGUAAGGUACAAUGUACAAAGCCAGCAUAUCAACCCGCUUCAUAUCGCUGUGUACUGAGCUACUGUUUGUCAAAGUGGACAGUGCGCCGCCCGCGGUACAGGAGCCAGUGUCCAGUAAGUUGGCAACACCACACAUACAGCCUGCACUCUGCCAGCCCGACUCUCUAACAUGUUACUUGAAUCUCACAUCGCAGCCCGCUCGCGCCCGACCACAUACAAGCCCCACAAGUUGCUAACUUACAGACGCUCGAGUAGUUGUUUAUAACAAAAUGUAAAUAAACGUUUUAUAGUAAAAUAGUAACAUAUCGUGAAAAUUUUUAUAUAAAUAAUAUAGCAUGUGCCAAUCGAAGUUCAUUAAAAAUGAAUGUUGUUUCAGUUUAUUUGGCAUGGGAUAAUAAAUAGUUCGUUGAGAGUUGAUAGUUUAUUUUGUUGAUAACCUUACGUACGAUGGCGGUUGUGAUGGUUAUAUUGUGUUCGCGACCGCACGAGGGGAGUUUCAUGUAAAUAUUUGUUUUAAUACAAUAAAGUUGACGAAAAAUUU